AUGUCCGCUCCUGCUCUCAAGCCUCCUGCGGACCCGACCGCCAUCUCCUGCGUCACCGUCCUCGGCGAACACAUCGCCAAGCCGUUCCGCACCGCAAUCCAUGAAGCCACCUCGAAGCUCGCGCAAAAGCCCAAACUCGUCGGCAUCCUCGCCAACUCGGGCGCACCUUCCCGCGCCUACGCCAACUGGACCGCCAAGGCGUGCGAGGCCGUCGGGAUCGAGUACGAGUUGCGUGAGGUGGGUAUCGUCGCGGAGGGCGCGACGGAGGGUACGGCUGAGCAGGGAGAGGUUGAAGAGGCGAUCCUGGCCGCCAACGAGGACGACAGCGUGAACGGAAUCAUGGUCUACUACCCGAUCUUCGGGCCUCGGCAGGACGGGUACCUCCAGCAGGCCGUCAGCCCGCUCAAGGACGUCGAGGGCCUCAACUUCACCUGGCUCUUCUCGCUGUACCACAACAUCCGAUUCAUCGACCCUCGCAAGCUCGCCCUCGCCGCCCAAGUCCUUACUCCCUCCCCUCUCCCCGCCUCCGCCUCCUCCACCGUCCCUACCACCUCCACCAGCACUCCCAGCCAAUCCUCCACGACCGACGACGGUCUCGUCAAAGCCAUCCUCCCCUGCACGCCUCUCGCAAUCGUCAAGACCCUCGAGCACUGCCAAGUCUACAACCCGCUCCGACCUUACGGUUCGCGCGCCUUCGGACGCACAAUCACCGUCGUGAACCGCUCGGAAGUCGUUGGACGCCCGCUCGCGGCGCUGCUUUCGAACGACGGAGCGCGGGUCUUUUCGGUUGACCUUGACGGGAUUCAGGAGUUCACGCGGAGGAAGCUUGUGGAGGGCGAGGAGGGUGCGAAGGCGAGCUUCCACCCGUACCAUGUGGUCAAGAAGUGCGAGUUGAGCUUCGAGGAGUGCUUGCGGGCGAGCGACGUCGUCAUCGGUGGCGUCCCCUCCAAAUCCUACAAGAUCCCCACCUCUGCGCUCAAAGAAGGAGUCGUCGCCAUCAACUUUUCCGAAUCCAAGAACUUUGAGGACGACAUCAAGGAGAAGGCGUCGAUUUACUGUCCCGGCAUCGGCAAGGCGACGAUCGUGUUGCUGCAGCGCAACUUGUUGAGGUUGAGGGAGUAUCAGGCGAGUUUGAGGGGCGAGAUCAAGGGCGAGCAGUAG